UCUCCCAACUCCUCUCAUGUUUCCAAUCCUUCUACGCAACAAUAGAAUUCCAAUUGGCGUUGAUGGCCAAGCGAGCAAUCCGGUCGCUGGUGCUUGCGCUGGUGGUGCCGAUGUCCCUGACGGCCGCCGUGAUUUUGCUCUUCGGCUCUGGCCGGAAGUACCGAGCCCGAGCCCUGACCAAGCCGUCGUGGCUGCCACCACUGCUCUUGGUGCACGUGGCGGCGCUGGGGUCGUCGUUAGCCAUGGGUCUCGCGGCCUGGCUGGUGUGGGCGGAGCGCGGCUUCCUCGGCCACCCCGACGCGCUGCCACUUUACAUUGCUCAGCUCUCGCUCAGCCUGAUAUGGGAUCCGCUUGUGCUCAGGAUUGGCGCAGCCCAUUUGGGCUUGGUGUUUUGUCUGCUUCAUUUUGGGACCUUGGUGGCCUGCCACCGGAAGUUCCUGGCGGUGCACCCCGUCGCCGGAGAUCUCGUUAUGCCCUGUUUGGCUUGGGUGGCAUUCCUCACGUUUACAAACUUCAAGCUUAUUUUCACCUGAAAUUGCUAUUUCGUGUUUGUUCGGUGGCAUGCAUAAGCAUGACUAUUUAUUAGCCAAUAAUUUGUUUAGAAUAAAAAUAUUAAUU